AAAAAAUUGUUUUAUUAAUCACAAUUUGUGAUGAUUCGCCGUUCGGCUUGACCAUGAAACAUGUACAGAAAUGUUGCUGCAUAUUUCACUUGUAAUUUCUCUAACAUUUAUAGUUAACAUUUCAGAAAAAUCGAACAUCACAGCAAAUGCAAUCGCCAAAAGUGAAGCCAAGGGUUUAUCAAACCCAGCGGGAGAGCCGUUUGGUUAUCCAGAACCCGCAGCUUUAGCAUUACCUCUGGCUAAACGACGACGAAAACGACGGCGUCAGCGACGACGUAAACGACGUAAACGACAACAACAGAGACGACGAGUGCAAAGACGACGAGUGCAAAGACGACGAUUAACUCAAAGAACAAACUCAAUUUCACCGAAGAAAAAACGAAUUCGUUAUAUUGUUUCAAAUAAGAAAAAAUGUUUAUCUUGUAGCAAACUGAAGAAGAAGUGCCAAAAAAGUCGUCGAAGGAAAAAGAGACAAAAAGCGAAAAAACGCCAACGAAAACGCAUACAGAUACGCCGAAGAAGAUUUUCCUCGACUAGAUCCACAAGUUCAACUAUCUCCACUAGUUCAACAAGUUCAACGAGCUCGACUUCUAGCACUCCAACAACAUGAUUUACAGGUAAAUGUUAGAAUGGAAAUGCAACAUCUUCCUAAUCGACAUAUAACUUGGAUUAUAUUCUUAAACCAAUUAAUGUUUCGUUUAUUGGUUCAGAAAAUGAAUGGGAUAACAAUACAUUCAAUAAUUAUAGAUUUUUUAAUAAUCAUUCGAAAUUUAUUUAUAAAAGUGAAUUGAAGAUUUUAAAGAUUGUUUUCACUUGACAGAAUUAAUCAUCAUUUUGAUUUUUAUCGUUCCAUUUU